AUGGUAGAACAACCUCGCAUUCUGCGACCUCGUCCGCGUCGCGUAUUCGAAAUCCCCACAUCCAACGACUCGUCCGGCCCCCCUACACCCGCCGAAGCAUCCAAUGCCGACCUACUGAACCCCAACCUCUCCAACUUUCAGGAGAGCACAUCCACAAGCGUAAGCCGUACAGGCUCAAUUCUCAACCUAACCUCCUCAACCCUCUACGGAAUCUACCAGCCGACCGCAUUCGAUAGUCUCCGCGAUGAGUCCAGCCCCUGGGGAACGGAAGCCAACUCACCAGCAGCCGAUUACCCGCCCGAACCAUCACAAAGCGCCGCCUUGAAAACCGCCAUCGAGCCUCGUCCUUGGGCACUGCGGCGGACACGCUCGCGGCUCAGCCAUGGCUUGUUCCGUGGUGUCAUAUUGCCGCAGGCUAUGAGCAGUGCAUUGCUCUUGGGAUUCGGCAUUGUCUACGGGGUGAUUACUGUGCAUUUGCAUGAUAACCACUGGAUCACGCCCGUGAAGCUGGAGAAUAUCCAUUACUACGAUUCCUGGCAGUAUUUGGGUAUCUGGGGGUUGGCGGGUGUUGCCUUGGGGAAUGUGCUCCCUUGGUUGGAUAGUUGGCGGGAUAUCGAGUCGGUGCGUGAGGAGCAGUCGAAGCGUGCACGGAAUGAGGAUGAGAGUGAGGAUCGUACUCCUUCGUGGGUGGCUGUUGCUCGCAGCGUUGGUGCGUUCGUUGGAAUUGCUUUUGCCAUGCGUCGUCUUCCCUGGGAAUCUACGACUCAGGCUUCACUUACCCUUGCCCUUGCGAACCCCGUUCUGUGGUACCUGAUUGACCGUACCCAGACUGGCUUCCUGCUGGCUACUUUUGUGGGUGUCGUUGGUAUGAGUGGCGUCCUGGGCUUGAAGCCUGAGUUGAUCCCGGCAUCUACUGGCCCAUCGGUGGGCGCUACUUUCCUUAACGGGACUGGUUGGGAGAAUUCAUUGGGAGCAGGUAUUACUCAGGAGAGUAUCGCUGUCCGUACCUGGGUUGCGAGUGUGAUUUUCUGUGCAUGUGUUUGUUUUGGCAACAUUGGCCGCCAGCUCGCUAUUGGAGCCAACCACAGAGAGACCCUGAAGUCGUGA